AGUAAAGUAAGAGAAAAGAGAAAAAAAGAAGAAGAGAAAAAACAAGAAGAAGUUGUAGUAAUGGCUUCCUCUAUGCUCUCCUCCGCCGCUGUGGUUACCUCCCCGGCUCAAGCCACCAUGGUCGCUCCAUUCACCGGCUUGAAGUCAUCCGCUGCUUUCCCCGUCACCCGCAAGGCCAACAACGACAUUACUUCCAUCGCAAGCAAUGGCGGAAGAGUUAGCUGCAUGAAGGUGUGGCCACCAAUUGGAAAGAAGAAGUUUGAGACUCUAUCUUACCUUCCUGACCUUUCCGAUGUCGAAUUGGGAAAGGAAGUUGACUACCUUCUCCGCAACAAGUGGAUUCCCUGUGUCGAAUUCGAGUUGGAGCACGGAUUUGUGUACCGUGAGCACGGAAGCACACCCGGAUACUACGAUGGAAGGUACUGGACAAUGUGGAAGCUCCCAUUGUUCGGAUGCACUGACUCAGCUCAAGUGUUGAAGGAAGUGGAAGAGUGCAAGAAGGAGUACCCCAACGCCUUCAUCAGGAUCAUCGGAUUCGACAACACCCGUCAAGUCCAAUGCAUCAGUUUCAUCGCCUACAAGCCACCAAGCUUCACCGAAGCUUAAUUUCCCUUUCUUGAAUAUUCAAGCGUUGACUAUUUUGGAAUCCAAUUCUGUAUGGUCAACGCAAAUUUUAAGAAAAAUAAUUAGCCGACUUCAAAGUUGAGAAACUCAAAAGUUGAAUGUUAUUUUUAUAUAUCAAUUUCCCUUUUAUUAUGUCUACUCGUAUAAUUUCACU